CAGCCAGCUGAGGGGUCCUGUCAGCGGUCCCAGUCUGGGCUGUAUACAGGGAAGUGACAGGCACCGACUCUGCUCUCUGGAUUAUUGUUUUCUUCACAUGUUUGAAUGGACAUCAUGAUGAAAGGAGAAGAUUCAGAGGAAGUCGAGAUUGACUUGGGAGACUCCAGUGAUCCUGAUGAAUUUGAUAAUGAGGAGGAACCUCAGACACUGUGGAGGGCCCCUCCUGCUCUGGAGGAAGAGGAAAAUAUUCAUACAUCUACACUAGUGGAAAUCAGUGAUACCAAGCCCUUGAUUAAUGUCAGAGACCCCCGAGGUAUCAAUGACUGUCUCAAGGUGACGUUUGAGGAUGUAAUUGCCGAGCCGGUGUCAGUGCGCAGUGGGGACAGAGUGUGGAUCUGGAGUAACGCCCUAUUUGAGGUGACUAGGGUUUGGAUCUACAGGAUAGUCACAGUGCUUCUGGCCAUUCCUGUGUCAAUUAUCUCUGGUCUCCUCUUUGCCAUCUUGAGCUGUCUUCACAUCUGGAUGGUUGGUCCUUGUGUCCAGUGUAUCUCUAUUGGCACACGCUGGCUGCAGGAUCUAUGGAGCAUUGUGCUGAGCAUCAUUGUUCGUCCCUUCUUCUUGAGUGCUGGGAAAUGCUGCGGAGGCUUCAGUAUACACCUGGCUAAAGAAUGAGACUCACACAUCCAAACUGGGAUUGUUUGUUAUGUGCGCACAUGCACUGGUGUUAGUACACUGACCCUUAGUGGGCAGUGCAAUUUGAUUAUUUAAUAUUUAAUUCAAAAAUAAAACAUUUAGAACUACAUGUUUUCCACAGUUAAGAAGUCCAACAGUAUCUGCUGGUCCUUUUUAAUGAUAAUAUAUGGUGUGUGACAUUUUAAAACAAUAAUGUGAACCUGACACAGUGACAAAAAGAAUGUGAUAUCAUUUUUAAUUUCAGCAAGUUGCUUUUGUGAGACCAAAAAAAACAAACAAAAAAACACCAGUGCAAAAGUUUUUUUUUUUAAACUUACAGUGAUUGAUUUGAAGAAUUGUUUAGCAUGCAGUACUUUUUCUCACACAUAGUAGGGUUACGACUCUGAAUGAUUUGUAGGUUUUUAAGUAAUUUGAGCAUUAUUUGUUGUGCAAAUUGAAUGUUGUAUUAUCCUUAUGUCAUAAUGCUUGGGUUUGAUUUUAUAUUUUGCUAAUCUUUAAAAGAGUUUAUGCUCAAGGAACAAAAAUGUACAACUACUAUGACCUAAGUUUUGUUACUGAUUACUAAGAAUAUUCAGUUUUGUAGAAAAUGAGAAAAUGUAUUCUUAAGGGAGGAAUGGCAAUUAAAGCUAUGAACUAAA